UCCUGAUCGGACGUGCUCCGGGCAAGUCCUUGCACUUGAAGAAAAAGGACGAGGACACUAUCAAAGGGGUUGUUCCAGCUUGGCAGAUUAGGAUGGAUCGUUCUUUGACCAAAACGUGCCUCUCUGUCGUCGUAAGAAGCGAUUGUAUUACAAAACUACAAGUCCAACGAAUCCUAACGAAGAUGCGGCCCCUUCUGACGACCUUCUUCGUCGUACCAUUUCUACUCGUCGCGUGGCAAAACGGUGCGCAAGCCAACUGGUGGUACCUGGGAGUAGAAUCUCGACUGAACAGCGGAUCGGGUCAAGGAAGCGGUGCCGACGGGCAGGCACAGAUCGUCGGCGCGGGUGUGAUCGGGCCGGCGAGUGCCGAAAAGAAUUGCAAGAGCGUGCACCUGACCAGCAAGCAGCAGGCGAUAUGCUCCCGCUCGCCACCCGUUCUCCAGGCAGUCAGUGCAGGCGCGAGAUUGGCCAUAGAGGAGUGUCAGCACCAGUUUAGAUCAGCCAGAUGGAAUUGCUCCAUCAGCCCGGAAAAUCCGGACAACGUUUUCGGCGGCGUGAUGCUAGUCAACAGUCGCGAGGCAGCGUUCGUGUAUGCAAUAUCAGCGGCCGGGGUUGCUUACAGCGUCACGAGAGCCUGUUCCAGGGGCGAACUCACCGAUUGCUCGUGCGACAACCGGGUCAGAACACGCCGCCCGAAUAAUUGGCAAUGGGGUGGCUGCAGCGAGGAUAUACAUUUCGGAGAGAAGUUUUCGCGAGAAUGGUCGGACGGUGGAGAGGAACCGGUGAAGGAGGAUGUUCUCCAAGGACCGAAAGGGCUGGCUGGCCAGCUGAUGAGGAAACACGAUAGCGAGGCUGGCAGGCGUGCUGUCCGCUCUAGAAUGCAACGGGUGUGCAAGUGUCACGGUAUGUCCGGUUCGUGUAGCGUGAAAGUGUGUUGGAGAAAAUUACCCGCGUUCAGGGUGGCUGGUGCCGCUCUGGCCGCGCUGCACGAAGGAGCAGCUCUGGUACGACUGGCGCAACGCGGUGGAAGGAGACCGGCAAGACUGAGGCCCGCACGUCCGGACCUCAAGCGACCAAAUAAAACGGACCUAGUCUAUCUCGAAGAUAGUCCCGACUACUGCGAAAAGAACAUCGCACUCGGUAUACCAGGCACCAGAGGAAGGAUAUGCAACCGGACGUCUCUGGGGCUGGACGGAUGUCGACUGUUGUGCUGCGGCCGUGGUUACCAGACGAGAGUACGAGACGUGACGGAGAAGUGCAACUGCCGUUUCGUCUGGUGUUGUAACGUGAAGUGCGAGCUAUGUCGGCACAAGCGAGAAGAGCACGUGUGCAAUUAGACGGUGCAAUUGGCAUUCCGGUCGGCCUACCGAUAGGUGCUUCACGACCCCGCUUCGACGAGGCAUCAUCACCGAUGACGAGGAUCCCUCUUCGACAACUUACGGUCCCUCCGUGGUCGCGUUGGAAUCGAUCAGGACGGACCGUGCGCUUCUACCACGCCAUUCAUUUUCUUUAAGUUUAAUUCCGAGGCCCGCAAUCGGUCCGCGAACCGUCGUAAAAAUCGCCGCGAGAGGCUACAAAGCGUGACAGGUUACGUUAGAGCGUUUCGUACCUGACAGUCAGAGUAUUUGCGAGUCCACUAUAGGAUGGCUAAGAGCGUGUCUAAACGUUUCUCGACUCCUACAGGGUGUCGCUGACAAGGGAGGUCAUCGGACGAUGAGCAGUUUUCAUCUGAAACACCCUGUACAUAGGCAACCAGAGUGAAAAUCCUUUCGCAAUGAAACGAUAUGCGUUGGAUGGUUACAGUAUUACCGUCAGAUACGUCUAGCGAAGUGGCUUUAUUCUGCUAGUCUGACUCUCAGGUACACCCAUUUAUUUAUGUAAAUGUUAACAUGUUGAGGCUCGACGGUGAUAACCGAACAUGUGAUGAGAAUUCGACUCGACGAAGAGCGUAACAGAGUUCAGAGGACAGUAAUAAGACACAGGAGGAGCUUUUGAUUGUACUCUAUUUAACGAGGAUGAAUUUUUUGCAUGAAUUUUUAAUGGAAUCGACCUCUCUGAAUCUCUUACUGCAGUUUAUAUAGGUUAAUUACAGCUUAAGUACUGAUCUCGCGCUGAUACUCAAUAUGUUAAUAAUUUACCGAGGAGAAGAAGAACGACAGGAGGAGGAGAGGCGCGCGUGUGUUUUCCGUAUGAGUGUCCGGUUAAGCGAGCGAUUGAACACGAGCGAACAAUAACUAGAUUAAUAUUAGGCGAGUUAUUAGGCCACUCGACGACCAUUCGUUCUUUCUUCUUUUUCUAUUUUUUCUUCUUUCCUAUUCGUGCUCGCAUAGCUGCGUACGGCCGUGAGAAUCUUAUUUAUAUUCGAAGUAAAAAGAUCCUCCACGAUGUGUAGGUAUCUCAUUGUAUACCAAUGCUCUCUAGCGCGUAGAACCACCUUGUCUUCACCUAAAACACGGACCAGCUGACGGUGUAGGGCGAAAGCAUUCGAACGUGUAAACUGAACAUUUUAUGGCACUGUUAGAUUCUCUGUAUCGUUAGAGUAAGGCUUAGGCUACCAUUACUAUUCCAGGAAAUCCUGCUCGGCUCUACUCUUCCGACUACUCGUUUUAGUACUCUGCCAUCCGCUUGCCCAAUCCAGCUACCAUUGUAACCUAGGCCUAAAUAGUAGAGUAACUAGCGCUAGAGUAGAACAUUUCACUGUGGAAUAGUAGCUGUACCACUCGCCUUGUUAGAGUUAUAAUUUUGUUCAAAAGCAAUAGUCGCUCCGCCAUAAAUGCCACCCAAGCGCCCUCUACGACCUCUGAGUAUCCAAUUGAUUCCAUGUAGUCUAUAAUUUAUCAAGCCUUCCCGUAAUUCUAAUUCUACUUCCUCGUGUUUCUUGUCGUCAAGCCGUUCGGAUACUUUCGCGAAUCACUGUACAAGACUCGCUGUGUCAGCCGUGUACCGGCGAACAAUGCGAGUUACGAGGAACGAGACGGACUACGAAAGCAAGAGGUUCAAUUCCUGAUGCGACGAAAGAAGAGAGCAGAGAGAUAAAGAGGAGUAAAAAUGUGGUCGUAUAAUCCCGGUCUCGCUCUCGACAGUUCGCCUCGGAUCACUCGAUUCGGGAACAAUUCUGCCAAUGACUGUACAUACUGUCUUCUUACUGUUUUGUAGAUUUUACGUCCACGACUGUCGCGCUGUAUAUAGAUAAGACAUAUACGCAUACACGUACGAUCGAUCGAUGUUAAUGAACGUUUAAUUAAAAUGCUGCGUCGAAGAAGAAGACGGGACCGGAGCUGUUUUUAAAGAGUGAUCGCUCCUGUGUUUUACGCAGCCCUCUGUCUUCAUCGUUUCCCCUUCAUAAAUCGGCAUAAUCGAAAGACACCGAAUUCAUCCUUCGCGGUUCAAACGUACUACUCCCCAAAUAAUUUUUAUUACACGAAGUGGAAGUUGACGUUUCGUAAUUUUAAACCAAGCUGAUUAAAGCCACAGUCUAGUCAAUUAGUCGUGAGUACGCGCUCAAAGCAUCGAAUGUCUCAUAGGACUUCUCUCUAUCUCUUUUUUUUUCUUCUUUUUUAUACCGCUUGUUUUUAUCUUUUAAUAAUGCUCUUUCGAUCUUUUUUUUUUUUUCUUUUCCUAGGAAUCAACACGAGCCGACGACGAAUAUACAAGAAUAAGUGUUUUGUCUAAGUUGUACAACGAAAAUGAUGUAUUUUAGACGUACGGGUCAGGUGUACACACACCAGGCGAAAACGAAGGCGGCUGAUCUAAUUAGAAGAACAUGGCCUUAAAAGUGUGAGUCGA